ACAGCAGUAAUACUACAGUCGGUACAGCAGUAAUACUACAGUCAGUACAGCAGUAAUACUACAGUCGGUACAGCAGUAAAACUACAGUCAGUACAGCAGUAAUACUACAUUCAGUACAGCAGUAAUACUACAGUCGGUACAGCAGUAAUACUACAGUCAGUACAGCAGUAAAACUACAGUCAGUACAGCAGUAAUACUAGUCAGUACAGCAGUAAUACUACAGUCAGUACAGCAGUAAAACUACAGUAAGUACAGCAGUAAUACUACAGUCAGUACAGCAGUAAUACUACAGUCAGAACAGCAGUACUACUACAGUAAUAAAUACAAUAGUACUCGGUACUCUGAUGGCGAAGUGGGGCGAGGGGGAUCCUCGGUGGAUCGUGGAACAAAGAGUCGACGGAACCAACGUCAACAACUGGCACUGGACGGAGCGUGACGUGAGCUCCUGGUCCUCGGUCCUCCUCCGGGACCUCCUGCUGGGCGUCCGGGCGGAGGGUCCGGAGGGCGUGGUCCAGCUGACGGAGGUCCCCAAGGUGGAGGGCGAGUCCUCCAUCAACAACCGCCGAGGGAAGCUCUUCUUCUUCUACGAGUGGCAGCUCAGGGCCAGCUGGCUGGGGACGACAGGCGGCGGCGUGAAGUUCAGAGGAACUGUUGACGUGUCCAACUUGUCGGACGAGAACGACAUGGAGGACCUUGACAUCUCAGUGUCUCUGUGCAAAGACCAGCCCGACACGCCGCUCCUCGGCCUCAUGAAGACGCGCGGCGUUCAGGAAGUCCGGAGGGCUCUGGGGGAGUUUGUUCGCCAGCUCAAAUCAGAGUUCAGUCAAGGAAUGAUCCUCGCUAAGGCGGACGGCCAGCCGCAGCUCCCUGAACCUCAGACACAGAAGAACCAGAUCCAGACCUGUAAAGCUCAGAAAAGCCCUACCGCCAGGUGUUUUUCUGGCCCCGCCCCCUCCUUCCCAGGUGUUCCUAUCUCAACCUGCACCUUUAAUCUGACGGAAACCUUCCAAACCUCUCCUGAGGAGCUGUACAGGACCUUCAUCAGCCAGGAGUUGGUGCAGGUGUUCACGCGCUGCGCGGCGCAGGUGGACGCUCGGCGUGGGGGGAGGUUCCAGAUGUUGGACGGGAGCGUCAGAGGAGAGUUCACCCAGCUGGUACCAAACCGAAAGAUUGAGAUGAGGUGGCGGUUCAGAACGUGGCCCGGCGAACACUACGCCGCCGUCAGGCUGGACCUGGAGGACCGAGGAGGUGAGACGGAGCUGAGGAUGGAGUGUGGCGGAGUCCCUGAAGGGGAGGAGGACUCCACCAGGGAGGGCUGGACCCGGUUCUACUUCCAGGCAAUCAAGCAGGUGUUCGGGUACUGAGACUCCGCCCCCUUGUCCGACUCGCUGAGAGCAGGAAAUGCUAGCCCAGCUUCAUCUCAAGUAAAAACACAUUUUCCAAAGUGUUGAAGUUUGAAUCGUGUGAAUAAAGUUUGGAGGAUGGGUGUGAUUGUCUCGCUGCUGUCAGGACCAAUCAGAGCCCAGAUAACCAACAUCAAAGCUUUACUGAAAAUAAAGGAAUACCAAUCAAG